GUAAACAAGUGAAUAUUUGAACAUUAAUAAGUUUUAGUGAUACAAGGAGUGAACCACUUUAAAAUCAUGCGGUGGUCAACGUUAACAUUUAUAUUGCUACCAAUAAUAUUCGCCAGUACCACUGCAGAGUGGUCAUGGGGCGGAAAGGAAGACUCUAAAACCGCCGACGAAUCACAACAGAAUGCUUCGCCUUUGUUACAAGGAGAACAGUUACCCGAAGCUCAAGAGAAAAACUUUGAAUCUAACAGCACAGUACUUGAUGACAUUGUUGACGAAUUAGUCAGCAGCAAGCAAGGAAGGAGUCUGGGUGGCUUCGAUGACGUCUACAGUGACCCUACGAUCAAGGAAGCUUUGGACUCAGGAGACGACGCUGAAGCUAGGAACCUAAUCAAAGGGAGAUUGUGUACUCUAGGCCUAAUACAGUGUGAAGACGAAGAUAGCCAGGAAAAACGUACAUAUCUGUCUCCGGAUGAAGUCAUUUACGCUCAACCAGUCGACAUCAAACCCAUUGGAAAACCAAUUGCAUCAAUUCCAGUCCGCGGCCCACCAAGAGCUUAUGGUCCGCCUCAGCCUAUGUCGUACCGUCCACGACCACAGAAAAUUCCACCUAAAAGAGUCGGAUACGGUGGCAAUGUCAGACCCGGUUUCUCGGAUAAGUAUGGCGUGGCAGGAGGCAACUUCCAGUUCUCACAGAACAGUGCAUUGUACAACGCCCACGAAUCAAACUUCGUUACUAAGUCACCUAUUUAUGCGACCCCAGGACCUUACGCUUAUGAGAAUACCAAACCAGCCUACAACAAAUACCCGUCCCAUUCAGACACAAAGACAGACACCGUUGUGCAGCAACACAUCCACCACCACUACGUACAUGAAGACAACAAGGAUCCCAAAGUUAUUAUCAAACCAGUGGCAAUCCCUGUUGGAUCUGUAGGUCAACUGAAUACACAAUCUUUUGGAUCUCAAUUUUCCGGAUCUCAAUCGUCUGACAUUAUAUCGGGUGGUGGUGACUACAGCAGCAUAACAUCUGGUGGAUUUAAACCCAUGUCAGGAGGAUUCAAUCCUGAUACUAAACCGAUUUAUGAAUCUGACACAAUUUACGGAUCUCAAUACGGCCAUCAAUCUAACAAAGUGGGUCAUAAUGGCAACAUUUUGACACAAGGCUUACCGAAUCAAUUCAACAACAACGCAUUCGAAGAUCAAAAAUAUGGAAACGGAUUAGGUAGUUACGCCUCUCAGAACAAUGAAUUUUACAAAAAAGAACUACACGUGGGUUCGCAAAACAAUAUUUACAAUCAAGGUCCAUCAACUUUCGGACAAAGCAAUGGAUACGCUGAAAACUACCAUGAAGCUAAAGCACAAAACUUUGACUGUGUUUGUGUUAACUAUGACCAAUGUCCAAGCCAGGAAGUAAUCGGUCGCAGAGACGACCUGUACUUGCCGAUUGACCCUCGAAACAAAGCUAGCGAGAUUUCUGCAUUAACUGAGGAACAACUAGAUAAUCUGAACAAAACUGAUACGGCAACUGCUACUGCAGAAUCCACCACCAACGCAACUGAAACAAAGAAGUUAAGCAAACGAGAAACCAAAGAAGAAACUCCUUCUGAAGCUGCGAAAGAGGCUGAACCGCGUCAAGGAUACUUCGGUCGUCCUCCGGUGCAGCAGUGCACACCAAACCAGGUUUGCUGUCGCCGUCCUCUUCAACCACAAGCAGCCAACAAAGGGCAGUGCGGCAUCAGGCACUCGCAAGGAAUCAAUGGCAGAAUCAAGACUCCUGCUUAUGUCGAUGGUGAAAGUGAAUUCGGAGAAUACCCAUGGCAGACAGCUAUUUUGAAGAAGGACCCUAAGGAAUCUGUAUAUGUCUGUGGUGGAACACUCAUUGAUGGUCUUCAUAUUUUGACCGCUGCUCACUGUGUUAAAUCAUACAAAGGUUUCGAGCUAAGAGUUCGUCUUGGAGAGUGGGACGUGAAUCGUGACGUGGAGUUCUAUCCGUACAUUGAAAGAGAUAUCGUGUCUGUCCACGUGCACCCCCUCUACUACGCCGGCACUUUGGACAACGAUCUCGCUAUCUUAAAAAUGGACCAUCCAGUCGAAUGGACUAAAUACCCUCACAUCAGUCCCGCUUGUUUGCCUGACAAGUACACUGACUAUUCUGGACAAAGGUGCUGGACUACUGGUUGGGGUAAAGACGCUUUUGGAGAUUACGGAAAGUACCAGAACAUCCUGAAAGAAGUUGAUGUGCCUAUUCUUUCCCACGGCCAAUGCCAACAACAAUUGAGGCAAACGCGUUUGGGUUACAAUUACGAACUUAACCCUGGCUUUACAUGCGCCGGUGGUGAAGAAGGAAAAGACGCGUGCAAGGGUGACGGUGGUGGCCCUCUAGUCUGUGAGCGCAGCGGUACCUGGCAGAUCGUGGGUGUCGUCUCGUGGGGUAUUGGCUGUGGCCAGCCUGGAGUACCUGGUGUCUACGUUAAAGUUGCUCACUACUUAGACUGGAUCUCACAGAUCACUGGGAAAUUCUCUCCUUAUUAAUCAAUAAUGUCUUUACUAAAAAU